ACGCAUUCCACUGUGAGAGUGAGCUCGGCAAGGCGCGAGGAAUUUUGAUUUGGGAGGCGCCAUUUCUCCAUCCAGGUAUAGAUCCGCGCGCGCUUGAAUCCCCGGCGCUCGCGAUCGAAAUGGGGGCGCUGGCCGUCUCCGGGACCGCGCAGAUCAAGCAGCUGUUCGAGGAGCAGCACAAGUACCUGGAUUUCUUCUUCGCCAAUCUCGACUACGCCCAGAUCCAGGCCUUCACGGACCUGUGCCUGGCCGCCGAGGGCGUCAUAUUCUUCUCCGGCGUGGGCAAGAGCGGCUACAUCGCCCAGAAAAUCUCCCAGACGCUCGUCUCCACGGGCACCAAGUCGGUGUUCCUCAACCCCACGGAUGCCUUGCACGGCGACAUUGGCAUGGUGGGAUCCAAGGACUUGGUGGUGUUGCUGAGCAAGAGUGGCGCUACCGAGGAGCUCUUGAGACUAGUGCCGUGCUUGAGAGCCAGAGGAGCGUUCGUGGUGGGGAUCUCUUCGCUGCUAAACUCGCAGCUUAGCCGGGUGUGUGACAUGCACGUCCAUUUGCCGCUCGAGAGGGAGCUCUGCCCGUUUGAUCUCGCGCCGGUGACUUCCACCGCCAUCCAGAUGCUCUUUGGCGAUACGGUGGCGAUUGCGCUCAUGCAAGCGAAGAAUCUGACUAGGGAGGAGUAUGCUCUCAAUCAUCCGGCUGGUCGCAUUGGCAAGAGACUCAUCUUUCGAGUUCGAGAUGUCAUGAAGAAAGGAGACGAACUUCCACUAUGCAAGGAAAACGAUCUGAUAAUGGAGCAGCUCUUGGAACUCUCUGCAAAGGGCUGCGGUUGUCUUCUCGUCGUCGACGACAACAGGCAGCUUCUUGGUACCUUUACCGAUGGUGAUCUCCGUCGAGCACUCAAGUCCAAGAGGGAGGAGGUUUUCAAGCUGACCGUCGGGGAGAUGUGCAACAGAUCUCCGCGAAAAACAACGGCAAAUGCGAUGGCUGUCGAUGCCAUGCAGAUAAUGGAAGGGCCUCCAUCCCCCGUCACAUUUCUUCCCGUGGUGGACGAAACUGGCAUUGUAAUCGGGAUCGUUAAGCUUCAUGACUUGGUUUCCGCUGGCCUGUGACUUAUAUAACUUCGCACACACACACAGGAAAAGUGCUGCCGGACAAUAACACUUGUACUCUACAACUUCGCUUCUGUGUCGGUUUGUAAGUUUUUCUCAGGCGAAGGCGUUUAUUCGCUAUCAUAUGGACCACUUCUUCUAGUACUUACCGGUAAAUGAAUUUAACUAUCCUUCUGCCCUGUUGGCAUAUUGUUUUCGGCACUCAGAUCUGCUUUGGUAUGACUUUCGUGUGCCUUCUGAUGUUUGUUUUAAAGCUCUCAGGGGCUGCAUAACCAGCAUGGAUUACUCUGGUCGGGAAAGCUCAGUUUCUUUCAUUUCCUGUUUUUUUUUUUCUAAGGCGUGCUGAGAAUUCGUGCAGGCAGGCAAGGAAAGAAAAAGAAAAACUCUCGUGAGAAUCUCGUGUUACUUCAGACAAACAAGAGCAUGGUGCUCCUGCAAGUUCUUUCAGCUUCACUGGUAAAGCAAGCAAGGUACUCAUCAGUUAAAUGCUCCAGAACUGAUCACUUUCCUAGCACAAGAGACAGGGAAGACGAGCAGUUCACACAAUCGGGCUGCUCCCAGGAAGAAAAAGAGAAAAACAAAAACAAAAAUAGCAAAACGAAAACGUUGAUCCUUCGCAGAAGCGUAAACUGGCGAACGCUCCCCGUUGUAAGUAAAUGGACAGCGAGGAAGAUCAGUAUCGCCAACAGGGUUUUGUGUCAUUCUGGACGUACAUCAGGAUCACCGCUGUCUCGAGUCGCUGUCAACGAGGCCUACCAAUUGCUCGGCUCAAUUCAGGGGGCUGAUUGCGAUGGAGCUCCGCAUUUGUUAAUUUGUGAAGACAAUGCCAGUACGAUAUCAGAUUGGUGAUCUGUGCCCGGCUAGAUCUCCUCCCGAGGACCUGUGCUCGUCGCUCCGCUUUAGCUUUUCUUAUAAGAUUGUUCUCGGACACUGAUCGUGAGGUUUACAGAUAAAAAGCCACCGGAGUCGAGAGAUUCGCUACGAGAAAGCGAGCUGGUUUCCAGUACCUCUCUCAAGAUCUCUUUUGGAAGGGACUGUGGAGAUAUAGCCGUCCAUAUUCCCAUGUUUCAAAGCUUUGGACGCUAGAAACACACACGACGGACAAACAAGCUGUGGCUUAAAAGGGUGGCCUUUUGCAUUUUGUACCACCCUCAGAGUAAUGGUGAACAUGUGCUCGCUGGCUUUCUAAA